UUAUAGCAAUGGGAGCUAGCCUUGCCACCACAAGUUCAACCACUGAACCAGUAUGAAAGCUAAUGUUAGCCUCUUGUCAAUAAUAUCCUGGCUCCUGACUGAGGCGCAACUUUAAACGAAAAUAAAAUACCCAAGACGAGUAACUUGGCUGGCGACAGACUUCUCAAGGAUGUAAUCUUGCUAUCUAACGUUAUCUGGUUUGACAACGGCAGUCAGAAGAAUGCUAGCUAGGUAGCUAAAAACAUGCAAGUAAAAUACAUAGUUUCCUUAUUGCAAGUAGCUAGCUAAAAUAACGUGAGUGUUAUUCUGAGUAACGUUAAGUUUUACCAAGCUUCUAAGUAAGUUCCACAGCUCUAGCUGAACAACAUUGUAUCAAAUGUCUGUCUUUGGCUAGCUAGCCAACAACAGUAAGUCAGCUACACAUGGUUAAUGGCUUUUCAUAAAAGUUAGCUAACUUCAGACCUUUCUUUCAUUCGAUUGCUAGCUAACGUGUAUUCUAGUAAAUUGCAGUUGGUAGCUAACAAGCAAGUUAGCUAGCUGCUACCACCAAGUAACACGUAUUCCGAAAUGUAAUGUGCAUGAAUCAUUUCUGGCGUCCAUGGUGUAAAACAAAGUGCAACUAAUAUGUGGCUACCUUUAAACGGCGGAGGGGAAAAUGAUAAUUUCGCGAGGUUCUUAUAAAGCCUCAUCUCAAACUUGCAGAGCAUCUCCGAUACCAACGAUGACCGAAAUCGAAAACUUGCCAAUGCGAUAUAUGUGGCAUGAACUGUUAUUCCCAGAGUGCAUAGCGAUAUCUUAAAGCACCCCAAGUGCGCCCUGUUUUAACCUCUAGCGGGUCUUUCGAAACGAUCAAUUAUAUCUUCAAAUACAUUUUCUUAUAUAAGAAAAUCAGCUUUCUGAUGCGGGAAUAACUGCAAUUACAGAGCUAUUAUCGAUACACGUUUUGUUACCUUGCAGAGAUACAAGGCUCGGAUUGGACCAAACUACAUUCCGUAGAUUUUCCAGUGUUGUGUUUACAGAAAUGGCUCCUCCUCUCUAGUAAGAACGACGACAUUACACUUUGUGUCAGCAAGUUAUUAUGAAUAAAUACAUUUAAAGAACAUAGAUAGCAAGCAACAACAUAUGUAGCUAUAUAAAUCAAGUGAAUCUGAAAGUUGCGCCUUCUCUUGAUAACCUUCGAACUUGUUCGAGGGAAAUAACGUUUGCUGCGCGUUAUAGCUAACUACUCACAAUAGCUAUAUAGCAGUAGCAUCUAACGUCCGCUAGCUAGCUCAUUUGGAUGUUUAGCCCUGUUUUAUGGAACGUAAACAUCCAUUGAAGGGUGUGUUUCAAUAGCUUGCUAGUUUCCCCAUAUAUUCAACCUGCCACUGUGGGGAAGCAGAUCAUCAUGAACUGCCGUUCGGAGGUUCUGGAGGUGUCGGUGGAGGGAAGACAGGUCGACGAGGCUAUGCUGGCUCUGUUGCACACUAUCCUAUUGCAUCGCAGCACUGGAAAAUUUCACUACAAGAAAGAGGGCACCUACUCCAUUGGCACUGUUGGCACACAGGACAUUGACUGCGACUAUAUUGAUUUCAGUUUUGUUCGUGUUUCUUCAGAUGAGCUUGACAGGGUCAUCAGGAAAGCAGUGGGCGAAUUCAAGGAUGCCAUGGGAAACGGGACUGAUGGAAUGGGACAAAUCUCACUGGAGUUCUACCAGAAAAAGAAGUCUCGCUGGCCUUUCUCUGAUGAGUGUAUUCCAUGGGAGGUCUGGAGCAUUAAGGUCAACGUCGUCAACCUGGCCAACGAGCAGGAGAGACAGAUCUGCCGGGAGAAAGUGGGCGAGAAGCUGGGCGAGAAGGUGAUCAACAUUGUGGAGGUGAUCAACCAGCACGAGUACCUACCCAAAAUGCCCACACAGUCGGAAGUGGACAAUGUGUUUGACACCAGCCUCAAAGACGUACAGCCUUACCUGUACAAAAUCACUUUUCAGAUCACUGAUACGCUGGGCACCUCAGUAAGCACCACCAUGAGAAGGCUGAUAAAAGACACCUUAGCACUGUGAGGGAGCCUCAAGAUGAUUUGCAUCGUAAAACAUGGCUGUGGGUAGCCUGGUUCCAGAUCUGUUUGUGCUGUCUUGCCAACUCCUAUGAUUGUGACCAUAGGAUGUUAUCAAGACAACACAAAUGGAUCAGGGGCUAGGCUGUGUACUUUAUUGACUAUGGGAUGUAAUUGCUUCAUUGACAUUGGCAUUUGCAGGCCUGUGAGUGUCUUAAAUAUUAGUUAGAAGCACUGGUAGUACGCUAGAAGUAUCACCAUCAAAUGUCUAAUCCGCUUUAUUCACAUUUGUAAGCAGUCAUUUUAGGAUCCUACUUAUCUAUCCCUAUUCUUUCACAAAAUGCCUUUGUCAACACUGAAACAUGACCUUUCACAUCCGAUAGUACAAUUUGAGCUUUUAUGUUUUUGUAUGAAGAAAGUGCUGCAAAAGUAGCAUGUCUGUCUGAAACAGGUUUUCAUUUAAUAACUGCUUUAAGUAAUUGUAAAGUAACUAUCUUAUUUAUGUUUAUGACAUUAGCUUUUGUUAUUAGAAAAUAAUGUGCAGAAAGGUGUUUCACUUUUGAAAAUAAAAUUGAUAAUCCUAAUUGA